UCCGGCGGCGUCGUCCGUGGGCGAGGUGCGCAGAGCCCCUCCGUGGGUGUUUUCGCGCGUCAAGGUCGGCUCGGUGAGGUGUCAGGAGUGGUUCCUUGUCCUCUCCGUGGUCUCAUGGGAACCAUGGCUACAGACUGGCUGGGCAGUAUCGUGUCCAUCAACUGCGGGGACAGCUUGGGCGUCUAUCAGGGCAGAGUGUCAGCGGUGGACCAGGUCAGCCAGACCAUUUCCCUCACCAGGCCUUUCCACAAUGGAGUAAAGUGUCUGGUGCCAGAAGUCACCUUCAGGGCAGGUGACAUUACAGAACUAAAAAUCUUGGAGAUACCGGGUCCUGGAGACAACCACCAUUUUGGGGACCUUCAUCAGACAGAAUCAGGCCUCUCUGGUGUUGGAUACCAAAUGGGUAUCAGCCAGAAUGGCCCAGGCAAGUUGGUCAAGAAGCCAGCCUCUUCCAGCAGUGCGCCCCAGAACAUCCCAAAGAGGACAGACGCCAGGAGCCAGGACGUGGCCAUCUCCCCUCAGCAGCAGUGCUCCAGGAGCUACGUGGACCGGCACGUGGAGUCCCUGAGCCAGGCCAAGAGCUUCCGCCGCCGGCACAACUCGUGGUCAUCUAGUAGCCGACACCCGAGCCAGGCCACGCCAAAGAAAAGCGGCCUGAAGAAUGGCCAGAUGAAGAGCAAGGACGAUGAGUGCUUCGGGGACGACAUCGACGAGAUCCCGGACACGGACUUCGACUUCGAGGGGAACCUGGCCCUCUUCGACAAGGCGGCUGUGUUCGAGGAGAUCGACACGUACGAGAGGCGGGGGGGCACCCGCUCCCGGGGCGUCCCGAGCGAGAGGCCCACGCGGUACCGGCACGACGAGAACAUCCUGGAGGCCGAGCCCAUCGUCUACCGCCGCAUCACUGUGCCCCACCGCGGCGGCAGGGAGUUCUGCACCGACUCGGGCCUGGUGGUGCCCAGCGUCUCGUACGAGCUGCACAAGAAGCUGCUAUCAGUGGCUGAGAAGCACGGGCUGACGCUGGAGCGGAGGCUGGAGAUGACCGGCGUGUGCGCCAGCCAGAUGGCGCUCACCCUCCUCGGGGGCCCCAACAGGUUGAAUCCUAAGAAUGUGCACCAGAGGCCGGCGGUGGCCGUGCUGUGUGGGCCGCAUGUGAAGGGCGCUCAGGGCAUCAGCUGCGGGCGGCACCUCGCCAACCACGACGUGCAGGUCAUCCUCUUCCUGCCCAACUUCGUCAAGAUGCUGGAGUCCAUCACCAACGAGCUGUCCCUCUUCAGCAAGACCCAAGGCCAGCAGGUGUCCAGCCUCAAAGAUCUGCCCACCAGCCCCGUGGACCUGGUCAUCAACUGCCUGGACUGCCCCGAGAACGCCUUCCUGCGGGACCAGCCCUGGUACAAGGCGGCUGUGGCCUGGGCCAACCAGAACCGGGCUCCGGUGCUGAGCAUUGACCCGCCGGUGCACGAGCUGGAGCAGGGCAUCGACGCCAAGUGGUCCCUGGCGCUGGGGCUGCCGCUGCCGCUGGGGGAGCGCGCCGGCCGCGUCUACCUGUGCGACAUCGGCAUCCCGCAGCAGGUGUUCCAGGAGGCGGGCAUCAGCUACCACUCGCCCUUCGGCUGCAAGUUCGUCAUCCCGCUACACUCGGCCUAGGCCCCGGGCCCCACCGUGCUCUGUGCCCGCACUUGCGGGGCUUUGUUUACAGAACAGGCAGCUCAGACUGUUUCAGGUUUACAGCCCCGGCUCCAGCUCGCGCCUUUGGGGCCUGGUGACAUGGCCCACGCCUCAGUGGUGACUCUGUGUCCCCCUCCCCCCACCCCUCCUUGAACCCCAGACACUUGACUGGCCACCAGAGGGCACUGCCCUGGCCCCUCCAUCGCUGGACUGGCGCUUGGCCUCGCCUCUGCAGGACUGGCAUUCUCGUCUUUGCAUUCCAUCAGAGGCCGCGCGGGCAGCUGGCGCUGGGGCAGGAGAGAGGACUGCAGCAGGUGACAUCAACUCUGUGGUCGAGCCAGUGUGCGCUUGCCUGCAGCUUCCGCUGGGCUGGGCCCAGAUGCUCGGGGUGCAGCUUUUAUAUAGCAGUCUUGGGGGGGCCCAGGGGAGCCUGGUGCUUUUGCCCACUGCCCCUGUGGUCGCACCCCACUCCCGCCCAUCCGCGCUGCCGUCACCCGGGCUGCUCCAGUUCUCACCAGCAUCUGAACUUCGGUCAUCAGGCAGAUGCCAAAAGGUGGCUGGCUCCACCCAGCUUGCCUGUGGGGUCACCGAGGGGCCCCGGCCCACCCAGCUGUGCCGGAAGCGCCAGCUGUUCCGGCCCCACCCUGCAAAGGACCUGGGGCUUGUGCUUAAAGCCUUAUUCAGGACUCAGGUGUCCUUGUGCUGUGCCCAUGAAGGACAGGCCGGCUUCUUGAGGGGUGCAGGCACGGGGGUGGACUGGCACCCUGGACUUGCAGGAGUUGGUGGGGCAAGGGCUGGUCUCCACCCGAGGGUGUCAGCGAGGGAGGGCCUCUGUUUAGAAUCAGCGCCUCACGGCCCCAGCGUGGGGGCGGCGGGGGGAGAAGCGGGGCACAUGCCCCUGGGCACUGCCUGCCACACUGGGGCCAGGGAAAAAACCAGAACUGGAACCUGCUGUCAGUGCAUAGCUGCGGGGAUUUGUGCCCAUAUUUGCCCUGCCUGGAGAAGGCCCCCUGGGGUCCAGAUCAGGUGGUGAAGCCCUGUAGCUCUUGGGGAACCAUAACUAGCACCCCAAUAAAGCUGUGAUCAGGA